CACAUCUUCUUUAUCCAUUCGUCUGUCGAUGGGCAUUUAUGUUGCUUCCAUGCCCUGACUAUUGUAAAUAGUGCUGCAGUGAACAUUGGGGUGCAUGUGUCUUUUUGAAUGAUGGUUUUCUCUGGGUAUAUGCCCAGGAGUGGGAUUGCUGGGUCAUAUGGUAAUUCUAUUUUUAGUUUUUUAAGGAACCGCCAUGCUGUUCUCCAUAGUGGCUGUAUCAAUUUACAUUCCCACCAACAAUGCAGGAGUGUUCCCUUUUCUCCACACCUUCUCCAGCAUUUGUUGUUUGUAGAUUUUCUGAUGAUGCCCAUUCUAACUGGUGUGAGGUGAUACCUCAUUGUAGUUUUGAUUUGCAUUUCUCUGAUGAUCAGUGAUAUUAGUGAUGUUGAGCAGCUUUUCAUGUGCCUCUAGGCCAUCUGUAUGUCUUCUUUGGAGAAAUGGCUAUUUAGGUCUUCUGCCCAUUUUUGGAUUGGGUUGUUUGUUUUUUUAAUAUUGGGCUGCAUGAGCUGUUUAUAUAUUUUGGAGAUUAAUCCUUUGUCCAUUGAUUCGUUUGCAAAUAUUUUCUCCCAUCUGAGAGUUGUCUUUUCGUCUUGUUUGUAGUUUCCUUUGCUUUACAAAAGCUUUUAAGUUUCAUUAGGUCCCAUUUGUUUCUUAUUGUUUUUAUUUCCAUUACUCUAGGAGGUGGGUCAAAAAAGGUCUUGCUGUGAUUUAUGUCAAAGAGUGUUCUUCCUAUGUUUCCCUCUAAGAGUUUUAUAGUGUCCAGUCUUACAUUUAGGUCUCUAAUCCAUUUUGAGUUUAUUUUCUGUAUAUGGUGUUAGGGAGUGUUCUAAUUUCAUUCUUUUACAUGUAGUUGUCCAGUUUUCCCAGCACCACUUAUUGAAGAGACUGUCUUUUCUCCAUUGUAUAUCCUUGCCUCCUUUGUCAUAGAUUAGUUGACCAUAGGUGCGUGGGUUUAUCUCUGGGCUUUCUAUCUUGUUCCAUUGAUCUAUGUUUCUGUUUUUGUGCCAGUACCAUAUUGUCUUGAUUACUGUAGCUUUAUAGUAUCGUCUGAAGUCAGGGAGUCUGAUUCCUCCAGCUCUGUUUCUUUCCCUCAAGACUGCUUUGGCUAUUGGGGGAAUUUUGCGUCUUCAUCCAAAUUUUAAGAUUUUUUGUUCUAGUUCUAUAAAAAAUGCCAUUGGUAAUUUGAUAGGGAUUGCAUUGAAUCUGUAGAUUGCUUUGGGUAGUAUAGUCAUUUUCACAAUAUUGAUUCUUCCAAUCCAAGAACAUGGUAUAUCUCUCCAUCUGUUGGUAUCAUCUUUAAUUUCUUUCACCAGUGUCUUAUAGUUUUCUGCAUACAGGUCUUUUGUCUCCCUUGGUAGGUUUAUUCCUAGUUAUUUAUUCUUUUUAUUGCAGUGGUAAAUGGGAGUGUUUCCUUAAUUUCUCUUUCAGAUUUUUCAUCAUUAGUAUAUAGGAAUGCAAGAGAUUUCUGUGCAUUAAUUUUGUAUCCUGCAAGUAAGAGUGAUUUGACUUAGAAUUAGAGAGCAAUGUGCUCUCCAGAAGUGGGGGAACUGAGUCUUGCAGAUUCGCUGCUGGGCAUUAGGAAGCAGUAGUAUUGCUGGUGGUUUGUCUAAACGAGGAACUCUUCCUAAGUAUCACAGGGAAGACAGGACCAGGGUGCCAGCCUCCAGGAGAGGCAGCUGGCAGCUCUGCUCCCCCUCCCUCUGCCCCAGGAUUGGAUUCUGGGUCUGGUUGGUCAACUCCUAGGACCUGUAACCAGCUGCAGUCCUGAGUGGUCGGGGGACUGCAGGUGUGCUCUCUGGGGAGGCGUCUUCUCUGCAGGGUCUGGGAAGGGGGCUGGGCUAGCCCUGCCCAGAGCGCUGGCAGAUGCUCUCGAGCUCUUGGCCUUGUUUCCUGGGUUUGACUAGUGUCCUACCCUGGGGUAAGUUUUUCUUUCUUUUUAUUUUUUUCAGGAACAGUGAAUUUAUUUAUUCUCUUCACGUGGUAAUGGUUCAUACUCAUGAUAACAGAAUUCAAACAGUGCUAAAAUCAGUCUCCCUCAUGCCCCAGGCCCCCAGUUGUCCAUUUUUUUUUUCCUCUGAGAAAACCAGGAUUACCAGUUUCUUUUUUCUGUGCAUUCUUCAAGAGAGAGUUUAUGCAUAUAAAAACAUCCUUUAAAAUUGCAAAUCAUAGUAUAUAAUGUAUACACUCUUCUGUAUUUUGCUUUUUUCAUUUACUAAUCUAUUUUGGAGAUCAUUUUAUAUGAACUGGAAAUCUAUUUUAUUCUUUUUAAUGGAUGGUUUGUUGUCCUGUGUAUCUGUUUUGGGAGGUACCGUAAUUUAUUUAACUACACCAUUAUUGAUGAACAUUCAAGUUGUUUAUAGUAUUUUGCCACUUGUGUAUUGGAGCAGGUGUAAUUUUGAGCAAAGAUGAAUGUGGUCAGGAAUUUUUUUCCUCUCUGUAGAGCUGUGAGGUCUGAGAUUGACGUUGGACUGCUGGGGUGGGAGAAAACACCACUGGCCCACUGUGGUUCUGCAGACCUUUUAGAUUUCCUAGUCUGGGAAAGGCUACCAGCCUAACUCCUGGAUUCUACACUGGGGCUUGGGGUCCUUUGCCUCCUAGGUGAAGAACUCACGGGUAGAGUAGCAAGUUAAGGACACUAGUACCUCUAGGUCAGGGGUUCCUAACUUGUUUGUUGGCCAUAGACCUGUUUGGCGAUUUGCUGAAGCCUAGGGACGGCUUCUCAGAUAAAUUCCCAGCAUUUUAUUGUGAACAUCUUCAAACAUACAGAAAAAUUGAAUUUUACACUGAACACCUGGCUUCUUCCAUUAACACUUUACUAUGCUUGCUUUAUCGUAUUUUUCCAUCAGCUUGUUUUUAAAUAUAUAAGUUUAUAAAGAACCAGUUAUAUUGAAACAGUGAUCAGAAUAUUAAAAAAAUUUUUAUGAAAUGGAGAUACAUACUGCUUUAUUAAGAAAGAAAAAUGGGGAAAUAUCUGUAAUUUCUACUGGUGGUAAGAUACAGGUACUGCUAAUACUCUUAUGGUUUGUUGCCUACAUUCAUAAUUGAAGGAAAUGGUAAAUUUCAGUUAAAGUGUAGUAAAAAUAAAUAGGUAACCUAUUUUUCCAUCCAGCUUCACAGACCUACUCUGUUUAGGCUGGGUCAUUUAAGAAAAAGCAUCUGUUCUACCCCAGGCUUUGUACUUUUGCAGCCAUCUAUCAGUCACUCCGGGCACCAUUGGCUGUUCUGUGGAGGAGGAAACAACUUGCCCAAGGCCAUCAGCUAGUUUAAGGAGGAAUCUUCAGGUCUAAUGUUUUUCCACAGAAGCUUCAUUACAGGCGGGCAGGGUGUAGGGCAGCGGCAGCUAGGGGGCAGUGGAGGUUUACAGGUGUUGCUGGGGAAGAGGCACAGGUGGAGCUCAGCUCAUCAGGUUCCUGGGCUCUACCCACUAAGGGUCCUGAUGCUCUAGUCCGGCUUGGGCUUGGGAAUUGGCUUUUGGGGCAAGCACUCGGGGUGAGCUUUGAUGUCAAGACCCACACCCUGUGAGAUACUAGUUAAUGAGAUCAGGGUUUGUUCAUGUGAUUACGCUUUGUCAGUGGGUAGCGCUCAGCACAGACUUGGAGUCUUGAUGACUAACAAGUUGCUUCAGGAGACAAAUGUAACAUAAUGCUCUAGUAGAGUUAUCUCUGUUGAAAUCUUCUAGAAAUACACAUUCAAAAAUAAAGGCUUAGUCACUCUACUCUUGACACUUCAAAUAUGCAGGCUAAUGGGUAGAGGCAGGAUGAUCAGGAAUCAACCUUCCCCCCUUCCUCCUUCCCUCCCUCCCCCCAUCCCCCCUUCUCUUCUGGAUGACCACUUAUCUCAUUAUAGACCCAGUGGAGCAGAGUGGUAAAGCCUUUUCUGCCUUCAUCGCCCUAUAGGACAGAUAAGGUGUGCACUCAGCUGUAACUCCCUGAAACAUACAGAUCGGAUCCUGUCCUUUGGGAAUUUAGAGGAGGAGAGGGAUCCAGGAGGCCUUUGUGAAGGAGACAAAGCCCUGUAAAGGCUGAGCCUUGAAGCCAUGAAGUACUGAGGAGAGACCCGCCUGAGCAGAGGCACAGGGAUUGGAAAGUGCGGGAUGUGAUAAAGCUGUCAGUCAGUUCCCCUGAAGCUGGUGUGCGUAAAGGGCUCGUGAGGCCAGAAGGGCAGGUGGGGAUAGAGACUGCAACAGAGGAAGAAUCUGUGGGAGGACUGAGCGCAGGAGCUGUGGACGCCGCACCCACUCUCGGGUUUCACACGAGGAUGUCCCGCUUGCUCGCGGUUCAUCACUACAGUCCUGUGAACUCGAGGAGACAGAGGUGGGAUGGACGAGGGCUGUUUCAUGAAGGUGGGGAAAACCCCGCAGGGAGCACGAGCAGGACCAUCUUUCUCUACCGUGUGCCAUGUUCGUGCUGGCGCCGCUGUGUGGGUUUGGUUGGUUUGAGUUUGAAUCUUUAUCCUUUUCAGUGCCCAGCGAGCCAGCAUUUGACGGUUUAGUCUUUUAAAGUGACACCCCAGUGGAGUUUUUCCCCAGGUCACAUUCUGAGAACUGAGUAAUGAGUAAGAACCCAUCACUUAAGACAGGACUGAGAAAUGCUUCCUGCAGAGACAGGCUUCCUUCUUCCUGUUGACCCUUUGAAGCAACAUUAGUAUCUGCUAUUUCUUUUUUAAAAAAAAUUUUAAUCUUUAUUGGAGUAUAAUUGCUUCACAAUACUGUGUUAGUUGAUGUUGCACAACAAAGCGAAUCAGCCAUGUGCAUACACGUGUCCCCACAUCCCCUCCCUCUUGAGCCUCCCUCCCACCCUCCCUAUCCCACCCCUCUAGGUCAUCACAGAGCGCCAAGCUGAUCUCCCUGUGCUCUGCGGCUGCUUCCCACCAGCCAACUAUUUGACAUUUGUUAGCUUAUAUAUGUCAAUGCUACUCUCACGUUAGCCCAGCUUCGCCCUCCCACCCCAAGUCCUCAAGUCCAUUUUCUAUGUCUACCUCUUUAUUCCUGCGCUGCAGCUAGGUUUGUCAGUACCAUUUUUUUUUUUUAGAUUCCAUAUAUAUGCGUUAGCAUAUGGUGUUUGUUUUUCUCUUUCUGACUUACUUCACUCUGCUCACCAUUGCUAAUUAUUAGAGAAAUGCAGAUCAAAACUACAAUGAGGUAUCACCUCAUGCCAGUCAGAAUGGCCAUUAUCAAAAAAUCUAGAAACAGUAAAUGCUGGAGAGGGUGUGAUGAAAAGGGAAGCCUCUUGCACUGUUGGUGGGAAUGUAAAUUGAUACAGCCACUAUGGAGAACAGUAUGGAGUUUCCCUAAAAAACUAAAAACAGAACUACCAUAUGACCCAGCAAUCCCACUACUGGGCAUAUACCCUGAGAAAUACUAGUUCUUAAAUGGACCAGUAAUGUCUGUUAAUGGAAUGUGUUUAUCAAAGCAGGACUCCUCAGAGCAAAAGAAAAAUUAAAGGAUGAAUUGCUUCAUGAAACCCUUUCCGUGCCACGCCUCUCCCACUCUUGUCCCUUCUAGGUCAUCCAGGAUAUUUCGGGCUCUGAAGGAGGGCUCUCCUUGCCUUGUGAUGACUUCCUUUUGUGCCCUAGGACAGAUUCAGAUUUCCUAUCUCAGGCCUCGUUUGAUCCCUCCUCUCCUCUGGGGUGGGAAAUUGAACCUCGUUUGUUAGGUGUAAGUAACCUCUGAACCUCUCCUCCAAGGACGUUAUUUUAUGAGAUUUGUAUUUUAUUUCUCUUCUGCUUCCUUUUAAUUAUUUGGAGAAUAUUUUUUGAGUUCAUUUAAUAAUUUCCCAUCACUUGACUGCAGCUACCUUAAAUCAUCCAACGAGACAGUCUUACGAACCAGAUGAGAUUGGUCAGUCCCUUCACUGCCAGCCCCUUUCUUUAAGGUGGACCACAGUCAUUAUAAUGAAGCGUGAUGUGGAUGCCUUUGGGGGAGGGGAGGGAAGGGGGCUUUGACUACUUUGAGAACUAGCCAUUCACCCCUGACCCCUGACUUACUACUUGCUAAGCUGAUAAGCAUUCGCACAGUAGUGGUGGCGAAGAUCAUUUGAACAGGGUGCCUGUUGAGAUGGGUUUAGGUAGAGACUGGAAAAACCACUCAAAGACAGCAGGCAGUUUUCAUUCAAGUGGAGAAUUCAUCUUGGAUUUGGAAACGUCCCUGACUUGAACUUCUAAUAAUGCAAACGUAAAAAGCAAAGACUCUGGUACUUCCCUGGCGGUCCAGUGGUUAAGACUUGGCACUUCCACUGCAGUGGGUGCAGGUUUGAUCCCUGGUAAUGGGAACUUCUGCAUGUGCGGCCAAUAAAAAAGCAAAGACCCCUUCUCCCACUUUGGGUAUAAUGGGAGUUAGACCUGAACUUGGGGAGGUGAGCCGGCCCCAGCGAUACGGAGGUAGAUUGCAGAUACUUAGGUUUGCAGCUCCAGGGAAGUAUUUUUCACAUUGUUCUGACCAUGACCCACAAGAAGAAAUAUAUUACACGUCAUUAUACGCACACACAUACUUCAAACAUUUUACCAAACUGUCUACACUUACUUCCUUAAACACACUCUGAUAUUUUCUUUUUGUGAAUAUGCUGGUUGGAACUCAGUAAACUGAUGUCCUGACCCACUGAUGGGUCUGGAUCUAGCCUGAGAAGCUGUGAGGGAGCCCACAAGGAGGGGUCUGGCCCUGGCCCUGAGAGCAGCGCUUUCCCCUUUGGAUGUCCCUCGUGGUCUGUAAAGCACCUGGAUAGUUCUGUCAGAAACUGCAGCCUGGUCUUGGCUGGGCCGUGGGGGGUUCAGGAGGGGCUGCCCACACUGGAGGGCAGACAAGAGCAGGUUGGUGGGCCUCCUUAUAAGGCGUGGUGUCACUCCAUGGAGGCUGCAUCUCCUCUGAGUGCUGGAGAGCCGUGUGAGGGGAGGGCUGAGGAAGAGGCUGGCAGGAGAGUGAGGAAAGGAGGCCUGGUGACAAUUCCUAAGCCUUUCCCCCAGGAUGAUGUCAGCUUCCAAAAUCCCCAGCCAUGACUGGAACAGGGCGGCAGCGGAAAUCUCCCUGUUUAAAACGCCAGGCCUGAGUUUCACUCAACAAAUAUGUACUGACAUAUUAUGUAGCAGUCAUAGUGGUGGGCAUGGGAUGCAGAGAUGUCCAAAGGCAAGGUCCCCGCCCUCCUGGAUCUUACGGUCUUAGUGGGGGACACAGACAAUAAGUAAAUAAGAUCAUAUUCAAGAGUGACAGGGGCUCUAAGGGAAUAAGAAGGGGUAAUGGGAUAGAAAGUGUUUGGGGUGGAGGCGCUUUUGGUGGGUGGUAGUAAGAACAGGAGUUUUUUUUUUUUUUUUUUUUAAGGAAAUGGCAUUUGAAUUGAAAUUGAUGAACAGUUGCAAAAAUCUGUGCUUCCGAAAUGGCAACUUGAGAGCAAAAUACAGAUUUGCUGGUCCCAUCCUAGCCUUAAGGGAAUGAAAAUAUUUGGGGCAGGGCCCAGGAAUUUGCAUUUUUCUUCCAAAUGAUACCCAUGCUCACUAAAACUGGAGGCGUGCUGCCCUGGGGCUUUUACUUUGAGAGGAGGUCACACCUGGUGAACUUUAGGGUCCCUUCCAACUCCCAACUCCCAGAGCCUAUGGUUCAGGGAAGGGAACUUAUUCCUGUGUGAGAGCCAGGCUAGGGAGAGGAGCAGGACCACGUCCGGUCAGACUGCAGGAUGGCAGCGAGUGAAAUGCAGAAAACAAGUGCGCACAGCCCAGCACGCACGUGCACACGCACACCGAGCUCACCCAGGACCCCGCCUCUCGAUGGCUGUCCCACGUUCUGAACCUGAUCUUCUCAGAGGUGUCCUCAUCUGUGUUCCCACUGCCUCUAAUUUAAUUCCACCGUCCGUGAGGGGUUGCAGAUUCAGCAGCUUAGGUGAGGUCCGUCUCUUGCUUUGGGAGCAUUUCCACAGCUGGUCCCCGCCCUCUCUCCAGGCAUCUUUAAGAUCCCAGGCCUCGGCUGCCUGUCUCCCCAUCCCCACCCCACCCAUCCUCCCUGCCCUACAGAGUUCUCCUUGCUCUGGCCACUGGGGCGUGCCUGGCAACUGGCUUCCCCGGAGUGUGGGGUUUCAACGGGCCGGCCGCAGCUGCUGCAGUAGGAACGCGCACUUCAUCCCAGCCCCCAUCCUGUGAGGGGAGGGCGAGGUUGCCCCCAGGGAGCAAGAAGAAUCAAGAGACCUGUUUGUAUCUUUCCGUCAAUGCUCUUUACCCCGUCUUCGCCUCCACUUGCUGUGUUGCAGGUCCCCCUCCCCUGGCCUCAGUUUCCCCGGCCAUUCAAUAGGAGGAACCCCUGGAUUUCUUUGGGGGCGGAGAAGGGGCGUUGCUUCCAAAGGAGACCCUCUUCUCACCGCACCCCUCCCGGGCGGCGGCGAUCGCCGGGAGGGCCCUCGCAGGCCAGUGGCCGGGCGGCGGCCCGGCGGUGUCACUGUCACAGUCAGGGGAGGAGGCAAGGUCGCAGUCUGAGGCCCCCGCCUGGCCUCGGGCGGCGCUGCCGCGGCCUCGCCAACCGCCGGACCCCGCCCGGUGAGCCGCGCACCCGGGCGCAGCGGUGCCCACACUGGAGGCCGGGCGGCGGCGGGGGCGGCUCCAUGCGGUACACGUGUGGCGACGCGAUCGCGGGCCAGGUGAGCCGGCGCCAUGGGGCAGGCGGGCUGCAAGGGGCUCUACCAGUCGCUCUUCGACUACAAGACCGAGAAGUACGUCAUCGCCAAGAAUAAGAAGGUGGGCCUGCUCUACCGGCUGCUGCAGGUCUCCAUCCUGACCUACCUGGUGGUUUGGGUGUUCCUGGUGAAGAAGUGUUACCAAGACACGGACACAUCCCUGCAGAGCAGCAUCAUCACCAAAGUCAAGGGUGUGACCUUCACCAACACCUCAGAGCUUGGGGAGCGGCUCUGGGAUGUUGCCGACUAUGUCAUCCCACCUCAGGGAGAGAAUGUCUUCUUUGUAAUCACCAACCUGGUCGUGACCCCCAACCAGCGGCAGGAAACCUGUGCCGAGAGUGAAAGCAUUCCGGAUGCCGUGUGCUAUGAGGACAGCGACUGCCCUCCUGGGGAGCCUGUUGUGGCUGGAAAUGGAGUGAGGACUGGCCGCUGCCUGCGGGCGGGGAGCGAGCAAAAGGGCACCUGUGAGAUCUUCGCCUGGUGCCCGGUGGAGACAAAGUCCAGGCCAGCGAAGCCACUCCUGGGCGAAGCUGAAGACUUCACUGUUUACAUAAAGAACUUCAUUCGUUUCCCCAAAUUCAACUUCUCCAAGACAAAUGUGCUGGACACCACAGACAGAGCUUUCCUGAAGUCCUGUAAAUUUGGCCCCAAGGACCCCUACUGCCCCAUCUUCCGACUUGGGUCUGUGGUCAGCUGGACGGGGAGCAGCUUCCAGGAGAUAGCUGUGCAGGGUGGUGUGAUAGGAAUUCAGAUUGAAUGGGACUGUGAUCUUGAUAGAGCUCCCUCUGAAUGUUACCCUCGCUAUUAUUUUACCCGUCUGGACAACAGAUUUUCAGAAAACUCUCUUUCUUCUGGGUACAACUUCAGGUUUGCCAAGUAUUACCGAGACGCAGCUGGGGUGGAGCUCCGCACGCUGUUUAAAGCCUACGGGAUCCGCUUUGAUGUGAUGGUGAACGGCAAGGCAGGGAAGUUCAACAUCAUCCCCACAGUCAUCAACGUGGGCUCAGGGGUGGCGCUCAUGGGUGUGGGGUCUUUCUUCUGCGACUUGGUACUCAUCUACUUCAUCAAAAAGAGCCACUUUUACCGAGACAAGAAAUAUGAGGAAGCGAGGGACCUAGAGGUCCUCGCCCGAAUGGCAGAGUCCUCGCAGCAGAGCGUGGCCCCGGACGCGGCGGGGCUGGCGGACCAGCCAGAGGUGCAGGAUGGAGGUCGCGCCCAGGAGAAUGGCUGUGUGUGCCGGCAGCUCCUCCAGCCUGCCAGGUGAGGGGCUGCCCAGCCGAGGGCCAGGAACGAGGCCCGCAGAGACAGCCCAGCUGGCUACUGUGCUCCCUGCUCUGGGUGACCUGGCCCGAAGGCAGCAUGCCAGGGACCCAGCAGAGCCCAUCCAAGCUGGACUCUGGGGGGGAGGGGUGCUGGUGGUGCUUUAGCCCCUCCACGAUGCCCGUUACCCUCCAGUACCCCUGAGCGACCACAAACCCGUCUGCUUGCUAUGCUGUGCCCACGUUAAGACAGUACUAUCAUUUACUCAGGCUUACUCUGCUGGGCACUGCUCUGAGUUCUUUGUACAUGUGAACUCUUUUCAGCAGCCUAAUGAGGUGGACAUUAAUAUUUCCUGUUCUAAUGAGGAAACCGAGGCUCAGAGAGGUCAAGUAACUUGUUCAAGUCACACAGCUAAUAAAUGGCAGAGCUGGGAUUUGAACCUGGGCAGUGGGUUCCUAGAAUCCAGUUCUCCAUCAGGUUGUUUUGCCUUACCGGCCCUUCAUCCCUCCACGCCUCAUCAGAUGCCUCCCCCUAAGCUCCUCUUUGAUGUGGAAAUUCUGGAGCUGCCCUAGCCUGAGGACAGUGGUGGCUGUGCUGACAGGUGACCUGCAGGCUGCCCUUCCCUGAGCACUGCCCAGAAGCCCCGGGCAGCCUGGCGCUUUCUGUAGACCUGACCACAGCCUGGCGUGGGAGGGAGCCCUGGGCUGAGUCAGGAGGCAGCCCUCAGGCCUGCUCUGCUUCCCUGCCUCGCUAUGUGCCCCUGAGCAAGUGCCUGGCCCUUUCUGGGCCUGUUUUCCCUUUUGUUCCGGGGGUGCUGGACACAGGGGAACCUCCAGCUCAGUGAGUAGGGUUCCCUGACUCUCCUCUCGUGAACUACGUCAGAGGCGUUCACUGACCUGGGGCUGGCUGCCCUCUGCUUCGAGCUUCCAUUCUCUGCUGACUCAGCGAUUGGCAGCCUCCAGUGGGGAGCUGGGCCUGGGCAGGGAAAGAGGGAGCAGUGAGCCAGGAUGGAGAGGGAAGGCAAAGGAUGGAGAGGAGUGAGGAAAGAACGAUGGAGAGGCUGGGAGAUCUGCUGGGGUAGGCCUGUGCCAGCAGCCCCCCACGUGCUCCCUGUCACUUCCUGGGUGCUCACCGGAGCUCCUUUGCCUACAAGAGGAAAGAGCGGUUGCCCUGCUGGUCUUGGCCAACCUCGCCUGUUGCUGUGGGGCCGCAGCGGCUGCUCAUUGCUGGGCCAGCUCCAGAGGCCGCGGCCUGAGCACCUGCCCGUGCCUGGGCUGCGGCCAGGGAGCCCUCAGACUGCUGCUGUGAACGCUCACUGCCUACCGCGCUGCCAGCCAGAGGCUUCUGCAGGCGGAGCCUGCCUUUAGGGAGGCCGUCCCUGCCUGCAGGGCUCCCAAGCGUCCUCUGUGCCCUGUGUGCCCCCACCCGCCCACACACAGGUCUGGCCACCAGGGGAAUGGAAAGGUGAAUGUGGAGCAGCUGCAGAACCUGCAGACCGUGGAGGCAUAGCCAGAGCUGUUGGCUGACAGCAGAUUUGGUGAAGAUUUGAGGGCAGAACUGCCCACAGCUCUGAACUGGGAAGAGUCAUCGUCAUCCACAUGGGACGGGGCUUCCAGGCACAGCCCUCUCUCCUGCGCUUUGGGAUCCUGCUACAAGCUUUUUGUUGUGUGUGUGCGGAGGGGAGCCUCCCAGUGGCCACAGUGGCUCAUGCAGAAGAGGCCCUGGGGAGGGGAAGGGUGGAGGGCAGGCCAGGGGCCUAGAGUGUUUUCAUUUUUCCUGAGAACUUAGUAGGGCAUUCAGUUAUUCAUUCACACAACAAACACUGAUGCCUGCUGCGGGCUGGGCCCUGUCCAAAAGAUGCUUGAAUGAGACACUGAUCUGGCCCCCAGGGAGGGGGGCAUGUGUGUAAUUCCCUUCAGAGCCGACAGACAUGACAGCUGGGCCCAGGACUCUGGCCUUCCUCCAGCCUCUAGCUCAGACCUGCACAAAUCCCUAGAGCGAAUGAUGGCUCCUCAGAGAAGGACCUUGGCCAACACCCAAGGGGACAUGUGGCCUUGCCCCCAGGGGUGAAAUUUAAAGGUGGCCAAGGAGGCAACUGGGAAAGGACUGGACCUGUGAGGAGGCAGCUGGCCAUGAGGAAGGAGAGCCUCGGGAAGCUCAGGGGAUAGCGUCUCACCCAGAUGGGAGACACAUCUGCCUGUGUGGUUUGGCUCUCGCUGUUCUGUGGGGCUUGCAGUGUCCCUGCCCGGCUUCCCUCCCUGUCUCCUCUAGGGCUCCAUCUAAUGAGAUGAUGAAUGGCGCUCAGUCGUCAGGUGGAAACAGUUGUUACUAGGUUGGCUUUCAACCCCCUCCCUCAGUGGCUGUAAAGCACUGCUAUUAAAGUGUGGUCUGGACCAGCAGCAUCCGCAUCAUCUGGGAGCUUGUUAGAAAUGGAGUCUCAGGCCCCUCCCUCAUCCCCCUAAAUCAGAACCUGCAUUUCAGCAAGACUCCCAGGUGAUUCAUGCGCACGUGAAAGGUUGAGAGGCAGUGCUUGAGGAGAUAGCGCAAGCUACUUUGAGACCAAGCAGAUUCCCCCCUUCCCUCCCUCGGGAAAGUGGCAUUAUGCUCAAUUCAUUUAAAUUAAAAUAUUUUGGCUAGGUCAUACUUAAAUGACUCAAAAUUUAAGAGGUACAAAAGAACAGAAGUGAAAAGCUUCCCUCCCACCCGUUCCCGGAGGCAACCUGUGUUACCAAUUCCAAGAGGCUCACCUGUCUUGCUGAGAAUCCACUGGGUUACUCACGCCUUCCCUCAGGAAAUGAACUUUUCCUGCCGCCUGCAGUCAGACCAAGUCUCCUCUGUCAGAUGCAAGAGAAUAUGCUGGGCUAGGGAGCCGGCUGGCUCGCUUCUCCCGCUGCACUGCCUGAGGAGCCCCAGCGAAAACGCAAGGGGAGGGGUCUAGAACUCAAUCAUGGUUGUUGAAACCAGCUGGCAGCCCAGGCCUGCAGUGCUGCCCGUCACCCAGCAAGCCUGGGUGCUGUGUGAGCACCUGCCCUGACUCAAGGGAGCACCCGCUCUGGGAGGACUCUGGUUCUCCUCCGCACAGAGCGGGGAGUAAACAUCCUUCCACUGGGGCCUUUGGACAAGAGGGUUGGAGGGGCGGAAAGGUCUCUGGCGAGGCUGGCCUCUGGGGCACAGGGGCGUGGUCCCCAGAACUGGACCCCUUCUAGAUCAAGCAGCUCCUCCCCUGGGCUGCUAGGUGACCUGUCAGUCAGCAAGCCCAACCUGCUGUCUGAAGAGAAAGUGAAAACUCCAGGUGAUCUGCUGUGGCGUUUCACUUCCUCUCUAAGGCUAACCCUUGGAUCUGAUAACACAGCAUGUUACUUAUAUGUUUGGGAGUGAAAAGGGCAGGGGUCACAGCCACUGAGGAGUUGGGUCUGGUUUCUUUUAACCUGCUUUUGGAAUCGCUUGGCAGCAGCCGUAACACUUGACAGCUGUGCUAUUUGUUUUAUACUGGAAUGGAAAUGUCUCCCUACAGCUACUCCUUCAGUCAGUAAAUAUUUAUUGAGUGCCUACUGUGUCAGGUGUUGGACUAAAUGCUGGUGACACAGUGGCGAGCAGCACAGAAACGGUCCCUGCCCAGGUGCUCAGAGUCUAGAGGUCACACAUCAAUCACAAACAGGAUGGGAUGCUUUGAGAGUCCUCAGUGAGGAGGGGCCAGGUUUCCACAAGGAAGUGACACACAAGUUGAAGUCAGAAAGGUUAGUAGCAGUCUAACUAGGUGAUGGGGGAAGCAUCCACGUCAGGGAACUGCAUGUAGAAAAGACGUGAGAAAGAGCAACUGAGGAACUGGAAUGCAGACGGUGUCACUGGAGCAGCUUCUGUGAGGCUUUCAUCAAGUUAACGUUCUUUAAUUUUAAGGGUUGCCCCUUUAAACUUACUGCCAUGGAGGACUUAACCUGUUUCUUCAAGUACAGCAAAGCUUUCCAGGUGGCCUCUCCCGUACAUGUCAGAGGCCCCAUGCUCAGGAAGCCAGACUGGCCAGUGGCCCCCAUCAAAGCUUCUGGAUGGUGUCACACACAGCCAGUUCCCAUGCUUCUGCACAGCAUCACCCCUGCCCGCGUUUUUCCAGAAAUUUGGUGAAUGAGUAGGAGGCUCAUUAAUCUUACAGAAAUUGGCUUUGAAGUGGGAAGAAGAGAAGCAGGAACUUGAGCACUUUCCAAACCUGGGAAAGCCCCUUUCCCUCGGUGCACCUCAUCAGGAAGAUGAUCAUGCUAGCCUCUUAAGAUCUUUCCAUGCUGACAUUUCAGCAUCACAAGAAUUGUCUAUGCUUAUGUUCAAGCCCUGGCCUAAAGCCAUCUACCUAUUCCAUGCCUUUGGAGUACCAUGAUGCUGGCCAAUGGGAAAGUUUCAAAUUGGGUGCUAUUAAUGUGACAUCAUAGGGACCAGCCAUUGAAAGGGCAAAGAGCGGGCUUCCCUGGUGGCGCAGUAAUUGAGAAUCCGCCUGCCAGUGCAGGGGACAUGGGUUCGCGCCCUGGUCCGUGAAGAUCCCACAUGCCCCGGAGCAACUGGGCCCGUGCGCCACAACUAUUGAGCCUGCGCUCUAGAGCCCGUGAGCCACAGCAACUGAGGCCCGCGCACCUAGAACCCGUGCUCCGCAACAGGAGAGGCCACUGCAAUGCGGCAGAGUGGCCCCCACUCACUGCAACUAGAGAAAAACCCGCAGGCAGCAACGAAGACCCAGCGCAGCCAAAAAUAAAAUAAUUCAUAUAUUAAAAAAAAAAAGCGCAAAGUGCCCUUUACUCCUGAUGCAGUGGUCAUCAGGACUGAUCAGUCACAGAUGCCUUUUUGUGCCCCCAAGCCCAUCAGUUCCUUUCUCAGUGGCUAGCUGACCCCUGGGGAUAAAGGGGGGAAUGUGACUUCCUCCAGGUGUCUCUGAGUACCCCAGAUAGGGUCUGCAGUGCCCUGGGAAGUCCUUAAAUCACCCCAUUUGGAAUGGCAACUUGCACGUCUGGAAAAGGGCUCCACUUGGUUCCAACCUGCCCGCCCCCCCAAGUGGUACAACUCUCCUCAGAGCAUAUUCUCCAGUGGACCCAAGAAUGCUCUCUACAAAAGAUACCUUUCUUUCAGCUGUUUCCCCUUAGGCCAGCACACAGAAUUAAAGGGGGGAGAUAUCAAGCAUUUUCUGGGUCCUGACCAGUAUAUGUAUUUUCUGACAUUUUAAUUUGGUUAUAAAACAAUAAAAGGUGUUAACUUUAAA